UAAAAAAAAAAAUAAAGUAUUAAAUACAGAGAGGAGAGAGAAAGAAGAGAGAGGAGAGAGAAACAGAAGAAAAGCACAUGGCGUCGUUGCCGCUGGGACCUCAGCAGCAUCACCAUAAUCCACCACCCGACCAUCUUCAUCAUCUUCAUCAUCAUAAUGCUCUUGACCAAGCUCCACAUCCUUCAGCUGCCGUGAAGCCCCCCGCCGCCGCCGCCGCCGCAGCACCGCACAGUAUGGACACUGAUAAGGAGAUGGCAGCAUCUGUGGUUGAGGGAAACGAUCCACUCACUGGUCAUAUUAUAUCCACUACUAUUGGCGGCAAAAACGGAGAGCCCAAACGGACGAUUAGUUACAUGGCAGAGCGUGUUGUGGGUACAGGAUCAUUUGGAAUAGUUUUUCAGGCAAAAUGCUUGGAAACAGGAGAGACAGUGGCUAUAAAGAAGGUUUUGCAGGACAGGCGGUAUAAAAACCGUGAGCUGCAGUUAAUGCGUUUGAUGGAUCAUCCGAAUGUGAUUUCUCUGAAGCACUGCUUCUUCUCUACAACAACAAGAGACGAGCUUUUCCUUAAUUUGGUUAUGGACUAUGUACCCGAGACUAUGUACAAGGUCCUUAAGCAUUAUACCAAUUCAAAUCAAAGGAUGCCACUCAUAUAUGUCAAACUUUACACCUAUCAGUUAUUUAGGGGGCUUGCAUAUAUGCACACGGUUGCUGGAGUGUCCCAUAGGGAUAUAAAACCUCAAAAUAUUUUGGUUGAUCCUCUUACACAUCAGGUCAAGAUUUGUGAUUUUGGAAGUGCUAAAGUUCUUGUAAAGGGUGAAGCUAAUAUAUCCUACAUUUGCUCUCGUUACUAUCGUGCUCCAGAACUUAUAUUCGGUGCAACUGAAUAUACAACCUCAAUUGAUAUUUGGUCAGCUGGUUGUGUCCUUGCCGAGCUACUUCUUGGACAGCCUCUCUUCCCAGGAGAAAAUGCAGUUGAUCAACUUGUAGAGAUUAUCAAGGUUUUGGGUACCCCGACUAGAGAAGAAAUCCGGUGCAUGAAUCCAAAUUAUAGUGAUUUCAGAUUUCCCCAGAUUAAAGCCCAUCCAUGGCAUAAGGUUUUUCAUAAGAGGAUGCCUCCAGAGGCCAUUGAUCUUGCGUCACGGUUACUUCACUACUCACCAAAUCUUCGCUGCACAGCUCUAGAAGCAUGCGCACAUCCUUUCUUUGAUGAGCUUCGCGAGCCGAAUGCGCGCCUUCCAAAUGGCCGCCCUUUCCCUCCUCUUUUCAACUUUAAGCAGGAAUUGAACGGAAGUUAUCCAGAGCUGAUGAACAAGUUGAUACCCGAACAUAUCCGAAGGCAAGCUGGUCUCACUUUUCCUUUUCCCCAUCCUGCUGCCGGGACUUGAUUUAUCACUUUAUCGAAUAUCGAAUUUGUGUAGCCAAUUAAAAAAGGCUAUAACAAAGAUGUGUAUGCACAUAGUGGCUUGGCUUGUUCCCCCCUCCCCCCUUUUUUCUUUCGGUUGUUGUUAACAGCAAAAGUUGGCGUGUGUGUACAUCUAUUUCAUCGUACCUGAACAAAGUUUCAUCGCUUCUGUACAUCUGUUUUUGGUUGAAACGCGCAAAAAAAAGAAAAGGAUUCCGAUAUGUGUAGGUACGUGCUAAUGUCAUGGUGAACCUCUUAAACAGCAUAGCAGCAGGAUUUCAGUUUUUCUUUUCACUUUCCUUUUUGUGUUUUUGUAUCACUACUUGUUUCUAUGUUAUCUAGUACUGUAUUUGGAAUACCAUCCAUUCAAGUUGUAAUGUGUAUCCUAUUAUUAUUAUUAUUAUUAUUAUUAUUAUUAUUAUUAUUA